AUGGCAACAACGAAAGCAAAUGCUAACGCUGUUUGUUGGAAUGCAAGUUCUUCUAGGCAGGGAGACCAAACUUCAAGAGCUAGUGGUCCUCAAAAUGUCUGCGUAGCUAAUGCUGUUUGUUGGAAUGCAAGUUCUUCUAGGCAGGGAGGCCAAACUUCAAGAGCUAGUGGUCCUCAAAAUGUCUGCGUAACUAAUAUGCAAGCAGAGCUAUCAUCAUCGUCAUCAGGCCAUGGAACCAAAUCAUGCAGCCUCUCUGUGGACCACUCUUUGUCACAUAAGCCUGAAUCAGAACGCUCGAUGGGAGCAACUGAUAACCUGGAUUCUCUAGUAGCAAAUUCAAUAGGCAGGCUUGUCUUUGAGGCUGGUCUUGAGUCUGAUUUUGUUCACUUGCCGUCUUUUAAUGGCGUGAUUGAUUUGCUCACCCGUGGGGCUCGGAUUGCAAUGCCUUCUUAUGAAUAUAUUCUGCAAGUGCAACUGAGUGAAGUUCAAAAGCAUGAAAAGGCUAUGAGGCAACACUGGGAGAGAAGAGGCUGCAGUUUGAUAUUGGAUAGCUGGAAAAGCCGGUGUGGGAGAAGCUUCAUUAGUGCUUUCGUGCAUUGCAGAGAAGGGAUGCUUUUUCUCAGAUCCAUAGACAUCUCCACAAUAUUUGAUGAUGUUGAUGAGCUUGCAGCAAUGGUCUGUUGUUUGAUUGAUGAUAUCGGUGUCCACAACAUUGUUCAGGUCAUCACCAAUAAUGUUUCACCACAUAUGCAAGCUACAGAGCAUGCUGUGCUAAAGAAACAUGACCAGUCAUUCAUAUUCACAGUAUGUGCUGAUCAUUGCAUCGAUCUUCUGCUUGAGAAUAUAGCUGAACUGGAUCACGUGAAAGAUGUCCUAACGAAGGCAAGAGAAAUCACGUUGUUUUUGUAUGGCCAUGCAUUACCCAUGGAACUGAUGAAAAAGUUCUUUUAUUUUGACUCUGAGAUUAUUAGCAACUCUAACUUGAAAUCGGUGGCUAAGUUUCUCACGCUUGAGACCCUAGUGUCUCAGAGGGAAAAUCUGAUGGAGAUGUUUAGCUCGUCGAACUGGGUUUCCUCUGAUCUGGCUUGUACAAGUCUGUCCAUGCAUAUAUGUGAGGUAGUCCAAACGGAUAGUGCAUUUUGGAGUGCUGCUGAUAAUGUUUUGAAGGUUACAGGCCCACUUAUCAGUGUAUUGUAUAAAUUGGAAAAUGAUAAUUGUCCAGUGAGUGUCCUGUAUGAUGCCAUGGAUAGUGCAAAAGAAGGUAUAAAAAAAAAUCUUGGUCAUGAGCAUGGUAAUUACUGGCAGAUGAUUGAUCGCAUAUGGGACAAUUAUUUGCAUUCCCCAAUCCAUGCUGCUGGUUAUAUUCUCAAUCCAGGGCUCUUUUACGCUGACCGGUACCGCCAUGAUUCUGAAAUCAGCAGUGGCAUCACGACCUGCAUUAUCCGAGUGGCUAGAAGUCAUUAUCAUGCAUUGCAUGUAGCUGAACAAAUGGAUCUAUAUCAAAGAAGAUCAGGUUUGUUUGAUUCAGAUUCAGCAAUUCAGGAAGCUACUGGAACACCUCAAGAUGUCUGGUGGGAGAGACAUGGGAGUGGCACGAAGGAGCUACAAUCUUUUGCUGCUCGGAUCCUAGGCCAGACAUGCUUCGGCGCUACUAGGUACAACCUUGACAAGAGCUUAUCCGAGAGGCUGCACACCCAGAAGCGGUCCUUCGCCGAUCAAGAGAGGUUCCGCAACAUGGAGUACAUCUACUACAACCUUCGCCUCGCGAAUGCGGUGCCUCGCCUGAAGGGUCCUCCUGCCGCCCAGCAUGGUAAGGUCACUGCCCAGCUGAGUGACUGGGUGUCGGCAUAG